CAAGGAGUUUGGCGUACUGUACUUACUGUACUUGGUUGGAUAUCUUGAGCACUGGCGUCAAGAGUGCGUAGGUUUGGUUAGUUUUCCGUCUUUGAUACGAUUAGGCUCGAUGAGAUUACAGAUAUGCCGUUGCGACGAUGAAUCUAUAUCUUUUUCCAAUCACAACAACACAUAUGUCGAUGUCUUCCAUUCCUCGUGAUCCAGCGCAUUCGGCCGUCCUGGAGCCUCACAUAACAGUAACAAACGACAGCGCCGUGGCCUGCAUUUCAUUCCAUUCCCUGUCCACCCACAGCCCCCCUCAGUGCCACACCACAUCCCACGAUCAAACAAACGUCACUACACUCCCAUCCCAUCCCAACACCACGCACUCCCCUUCCGACCCAACCGGUGAACCCCCACAGUGGAGACACCGGGGAGCACGGAAGUCUCUUUCUAGCGCCGUGACGUCGUCCGCCGUGAGUGGGUCUCUCGAACGCCGAACGCAACACAUGUGGAUCUGCACCCGUCAUGGGCGGCGGCAUUCACCGGACCCACAGAAAUGCGAUGUCUGGCAGGGAUUGUUACUUUGGCUUUGGGGAUGCGGCUCCUCGCUGGGAUGGCGAGUCAGGUUUACCUAUCUGGGUGAGUGGGCGGACGGUGGGGUUGGAGUGUUGGGCAAAGUGUUGACGUCGUGUGAUGGGUUGUGUUUUGUGGGUUUGGAGGGGAUGGCUGGUUUUUUUGGUUGUGCGAAGGUGUUGGGUCUUUGGCUUUUGUUGGUUGAGGACUUGCUGUUUGGCUUUGAAGUCUAAGUAUGAAUUGACAAAACUGCAGAAACAGUGUCUGUUGGAUAUUCGUGGUUGGUAGUUGCAUGUGUACGAGUUCUUGCUUGGGCUUUUGAACGCUGUUUUUGCGAAAUAACAAACCCUGUUCUUGCUGGG